UUCCGGUCUAUUGCGACCUCCAUCUGGUGACGAAUACAGAGGAACCUACCACUCUGAGCAGGACGGAUAUUACACUCAGACGCUGCGUACACAUGAGGCACAUAUUGCUGCGGCCUGUUGCAGUUUACUUUGAUAGGCUGAUCCUUGUUUCGAAGAGGAAUGCAGUGUCUGUUCUCUCUCCGUUGGAAAAAAAGUACUACCCUCAUAUAGGAAACCGGGAAAUAGUUGGUUUUGGACGUAAUGGAGUCCCAAUGUACGCGGAUGAUCCCGCUUUUCCCUAUCCAUCCAUCCGCUUCCAGAACCACACCGAUGAAAUCGAAGCUCUAAGAAAGAAAGAGGCUGGGCCCUGGUCACAGCUUACAGUUGAUGAGGUGAAGCGUUUAUACCGUCAUAGCUUCUGUCGCACACUUGAGGAAACGGUUGCACCUAGUACUUUGUGGAGACUUGGCAUCGCUUGGGGUCUGUUCGUUUGUUCCGUCGGUGCCCUGGCAUUUGCGUACAUUCGUACGUUUGUGUUGAAGGCUCCGAAGAACGUAGCUCAACUUCCUGAAUAUAAGGAAGCAAUUAAAUACAAGCAAGUGUUCAGUCGAGGCGGUCCCAUGCAGGAGGUGGUGCAGUUCGACGUGAAAACCAAGCGGUUCCGUGAAUAAACAUGUUUUACCUUAGCAAAUGUUGUACGACCGUUGCCAAAAUAUACUUUUAGCUCCCCGUUUUCUUUGUUUCAUCUUUCGAAGCGUGUUAUGUCCUUUUUGCUGACAGUUUCAGUCAACUUUGAAAAGGCUUCACUGUGCCAAGCGGUGUGUGGUACUCUUAUCAACAACUGGUGAGAUCGCUUUGGAGAAAAUACUUCGUAGACGUUUUACACAAGCCCGGACCGUAACAGUUACUGACAUUAGUGGGGGUUGUGGUGCUAUGUACAAAAUAGUCGUGGAGUCCGAGGACUUUCGGGGAAUGUCAGUCCUUGCUCAGCAUAGAGCAGUAAAAGAGGCUUUAAAGGAAGAAAUAAAAGAUAUGCAUGGGUUAACAGUCAUCACGAGGGAAUAACUUGAUUAGGUUCCGAUCCUGCCAUUUUUAUCCAUUUUGCACAUUCUCCAACUCCAAUUUAUUUUCUUUCCCAACGCUGUACUUUCUCUCCUAUUGCUUGCAGUGACACUGCAACCUAGCACCGUUUCUUUGCUAUAUUAGUAAAUCAAUCUCCAUCUACUUAUGGAACAUUUUUGUGAGCUUGCCUUAGCGGCAUCGCCGUCUUACCGCGUUGCAGUUUCCCCGUGGAUUUUGUGGUUCACCGUACAAAGCUGCUGAUCUUGUGCUUCAGAAUAAGAGUUUCUUCCUAAAUAAAAUUAGCUACCGGUUUCACUCCUCCAGCAGCAUAGGCUCAGUCGUAGAGACUAAAUGUCCGGUCAGCAGUACA